CCGCCGAACCUUCUCCCCUUCUCCCAGCACGUCCCUUCACCGAUGCAGAAAAAAAUAAUGUCGUCACUUUAGAAAGUGUUGCUAUUCGUUCGAGUAGGUCAGAGAAAUGCGGACUUUUGUCAACGUUUGGUGAGAGCCUUUUUCGAACUCAGUGAACGUAAUUGACAGAAAUAUGCCAGCUGUAUUUCUGGAUAGACUGCCGCUUCCAAGUUUGCAGGCUUAUACGGCCAUCAGUGUCCUUCUGCUAUCGGGAUCUGUGUACUAUGCCGUCCAAGUAACGUCAGAUCUAGAAUGGAGACUCAACGCCACGUUCAACUUCGAUUUCACAUCGGAUAUGGACACAUCAGUGAAUGUUCAGAAUGUCACAUUUGUGAACAGCCGUCAAAUCACAUUGGAACAGUUUCUCAUGGAGCAUCAUUACAUUCGACGGAUUGUUGAAGUUUUAUACUUCAUGUUUCUGGAACCUCUCUGCAUUUGGACAUUGAUCAACAUGGCAUACUGCUGUCUAAUCCUAAUUGGCAAGGUCAUUCAGAAACUAGUCUUCGGUGAACUUCGUGUGUCUGAGCAACAACACAUGAAAGACAAGUUCUGGAAUUUUGUAUUCUACAAGUUCAUCUUCAUCUUUGGUGUGAUGAAUGUACAGUAUAUGGAUGAAGUGGUGCUCUGGUGCAGCUGGUUUUCUGUGCUAGGCUUUCUGCAUCUUCUAGCUCAGCUAUGUAAAGAUAGGUUUGAAUACCUGUCGUUCUCACCAACUACACCUAAGCUGACACAUGUGCGCCUCUUGGCAUUGCUCUGUGGGAUUCUGCUGAUGUCGAUGGGUCUCUUCGCAGUCUGCAUCUUUGUAGGACUCCACGCAGGCAUAAAUACUUUUGCCUUCAUGGCUGCUGAGUGCUCAUUGGUGACAGUGAGGACUCUCUAUGUUAUUGUCAGGUAUGGAAUACACCUGUGGGACGUCCACCAUGAAAAGGUGUGGGAAAAUCGUGCAGCUUAUGUGUACCAUGCGGAAUUGUGCUUUGAGCUUACCGCACUGGCCAUCGAUUUCUGCCAUGACCUUCAUAUGCUGCUCUGGGGAAAUAUUUUCCUUUCGAUGGCAAGCUUGGUGAUCCUAAUGCAGCUGCGAUAUCUCUUCUAUGAGAUUCAGCGACGAGUGAAGAAGCACAAGAACUAUCUUAGAGUUGUCAAACACAUGGAGGCAAAUUAUCCAAUGGCAACAGUGGAAGAAUUGGAAAAGAACAGUGACGACUGUGCCAUAUGCUGGGAUCAUAUGGAGUCAGCUAGAAAACUUCCUUGUGGUCACCUUUUUCACAAUUCUUGUCUACGUUCGUGGCUGGAGCAAGACACUUCAUGUCCAACAUGCCGCAUGUCACUUUCGGAACAUGGUGCUCCCGACCUCAGUGCCAAUGCAGAAGACGAAGGCCGCAACACAGCUCUGCUCUUAGGAGCUUUAGGAGCUCAGGAUGACACCCCUCGCCACCCACAAAAUACUACCACUAACCAUUUCUUCCACUUUGAUGGUUCACGCUAUGUGAGCUGGCUCCCAAGCUUUUCUGUGGAGGUAACACACACCAACCUUCUUGGUGGUCAGCAACCACCUCCGGUGCAGACUUCGCAGCUGGACAAUAUGGCACGGCAGGUGCAGCAGAUGUUCCCCCACAUGCCACUGAACACAAUACUAGAAGACCUGAGAAGCACUCGUUCAGUCGAGCUCACCAUUGAAAACAUUUUGGAUGAGCGACUCAUAGCUCCUCCGCCUUCCCUAUUCCAAACAGCUGCUCCUCGAGGCAGCCAAGCUAUGCCCUAUGACAGUUCUCUUCAGGAAUCUGACCUGGAUUCACAGAAAGAGAUGACUGUCUCCAGUUCUGGUGGAGGGAAUAGUGCAGCAGCAAGUGCCACUUUGCUUUUUGAGGAGCCUGAGCAGUUUUUUGAAGCCCAGGAUGGCAGUUCAGGGGACAACAGCAUGGGUCCCCAAGUAGGCGGGCGUUUCUCAAAGUCCCCCACUGAAAGGGAGAGAAUGCUUUCUCGAAGAAAAGAGGAACUACUGAAAAUGGCCAGAAAGAAGUUCCUGGAACGGGCACACGAGCCACUCUCUGAGACAGAUGGCAGCCUUGACACAAGCAGCUCUUCUUCAGGAAGCAACCUGUCCUCUCAGACAAAUCCUCAGCCUGGACUAUUGGCCUAUCAUGCUGCCCACCGCACACGCUGGCAGCAAUCAUCCUGAGUCCUCCAUUUCACUGGUAUUCCCUGAAGCCAGUGAAGCACACCAGAUACCCUUGUAGAGGGCUGUCUGUAGGCUCUCCGCAGCACUGGGAUACAGAACAAUGGGAGCUCUGAACGAACAUGUUGGAACUCUUGUGUCAUACUGUGGUAGGCAGCUUGCAGGCUCAGAGGGUACUCUACCAAAUUUUUACCAGUCUGCUAAGCAGAUGUUCAAUAGUCUACCAUAUAGGUAGCAGUUGUAAGCUACACAAACACAUUCAACACAGGGUUUUUCUUUUCCUUCUUUUUUUCAUUUUUUUUUCAUUGUUUCAGUUAAGGACACAAUGCUUUUAGCUAGUUUGGUGGAAGGCCCUCAGUGUGGAACAUUGCUCAAAGUCAUACUAGCAGUGCUGCUGUGGGGCAGUCUUACCACAUCGUCAUUUUUGCACCUGCAUUAAUGAACUCAUUGGAGGACAACUCAAGUCAGAACAAAAGUGUUGUGUGGUUUGUGUGGUUUUGUUUUAUUGCCAGUGGGUACCAGGUUCUACAGGUUCCAACAUACACGCUUGGGUUUGGCUUAUGGAGAACAUUUGCCUCUAUUUUGUAGCAGAGACUUGUUUCAUUUUCUAACCAGUGCCACUUGAAGAUGGACAACAAAGUCUCAGCUUGAUCUCGAAAAAGAAAAGAAAAGAUUCUUGUUGACUGAUGAGGUCUAUGAUAAUGUAAAUAGUUUUUAUAGGUACUAUAUUUCUUGUCGUACAUUUUUCGGACCCAAAAGGGAAAUUUAUGCAGCCUUUAUAAGGCAAAAACUAGACUGAGAGACGCCAAAGAAAAAUGUUUAAAAUGUUUUAAAGGGCUUUGGAAGUUGGAACUGUCAAGUAUCUAAAAGAGAAGUCAUGCUGCUUCCAAUUUCCAUGCAUGUGUCGUGCACAUAUAUUUAUGUACUUGUGUGUACAUAGCUCCUUAGGCAGUGAUGCAAGUUGAGAGAGGCUGGCAUCUCUAUCUCUCCUGCUUGUUAUUAGCCUUUGUAAAUCCCCAAUCCUCCAAAGUAAAUAAAAAAUUGUUGCUCAAAUUCA